CAAUCAGUCGCAUUCAUCAGAAAAUGUCUUAAACUUAAUAGAAUGAUUGUUGUUUAUAAAGAUGUUUAUUAAUCGUUAAUUUUCUACGUUGCUAUAUGUGAAAUGUAGUUUAUAAGUAUUUGCCAAAAGGCAGAGUAUUUCUCAGCUGAACUGUUUCAUAAACGCCUAUAUUUGACAAUUAAACGGUGAUAUUAAAAAUUGUGGUGACGCCUCACCAUUGCUAACAUAAUCCCAAUUAUGAUGUUGGGGCGGAAACAGAGCCUCAAGGGGGAACCCGUCCUGGCCGACUACGGCCCGGAAGAGUUCCUCAAUGAGAGCGCUGAUAUUGAAUGGGUUAAUAAGCUAUGGGUUCGAAGAUUGAUGAGGUUAUGUGCACUAGUUUCACUUACAUCGGUAUGUUUAAACACCCCCAAAACAUUCGAAAAAGUUUAUCAACUACAAUACGUUACUUUCGUUUGUGACCUUGUUGUUACUUUUCUUUUCACCGCUGAAAUGAUUGCUAAAAUGCAUAUACGAGGAAUUUUAAAGAGAGAUAAAGCAUACUUGAAAGACCACUGGUGCCAAUUCGAUGCAACGAUGGUUUUAUUUUUAUGGUUAUCGGUAAUACUCCAAAUGUUUGAGAUGCUGGGAUUUGUUUUGAAAUUUAGUGCGGCGUCUAUUAUUCGAUCACCGCGACCUCUAAUUAUGAUUCGCUUUCUUCGAGUUUUUUUGAAAUUCUCUAUGCCAAAGGCGAGAAUUAAUCAAAUUUUUAAGCGUUCAAGUCAACAAAUCUACAAUGUAACUCUUUUCUUCCUUUUUUUUAUGUCACUCUAUGGUUUAUUAGGCGUGCAAUUUUUUGGAGAACUCAAAAACCAUUGUGUUCUAAAUACAACUGAUCCAUCUCACAUUACUAUAAAUAGUUUAGCAAUUCCUGAUACAUUUUGUUCAACUGAUCCUGAAUCAGGAUAUCAAUGCCCUGAAGGAAUGACCUGUAUGAAAUUACAAUUAUCCAAAUACAUUAUGGGAUUUAAUGGCUUUGAUGAAUUUGCGACGAGUUUUUUUACGGUCUAUCAAGCAGCAUCACAAGAAGGCUGGGUCUUUAUUAUGUAUCGUGCUAUUGACAGUCUUCCAGCCUGGCGAGCAAUAUUGUAUUUUAGCACAAUGAUAUUUUUCUUAGCAUGGCUUGUAAAAAAUGUCUUUAUUGCUGUUAUUACUGAAACUUUUAAUGAAAUUCGAGUGCAGUUUCAACAAAUGUGGGGAAUCAGAGGACAUAUAACGAGCAGUUCAGCAUCACAAAUUCUGUCUGGAGAUGAUAAUGGAUGGAAGUUAGUUACAUUGGAUGAAAAUAAGCAUGGAGGUUUGGCAUCACCUGUCUGCCAAGAAAUUCUACGUUCACCAUAUUUUAGAAUGAUUGUUAUGUGUGCAAUUUUGGCGAAUGGUAUCACAACAGCCACCAUGAAUUUUAAACAUGAUGAGCGUCCGAGACAUACAUAUUAUGAUAAUUACUAUUAUGCAGAAAUAGCAUUCACGAUAUUUCUUGACUUGGAAACUCUUUUUAAAAUAUGGUGUCUUGGUUUUCGCAGUUAUUACAAACAUUCUAUCCAUAAAUUUGAAUUACUUCUGGCUAUCGGUACAACGAUCCACAUUUUACCUUUUUUUUAUCUCUCUGGAUUUACAUAUUUCCAGGUUCUUAGGGUAGUUAGACUCAUCAAAGCAUCACCAAUGUUAGAAGAUUUUGUUUAUAAGAUUUUUGGUCCUGGAAAAAAACUUGGAAGCUUAAUCAUAUUUACAAUGUGUUUAUUGAUCAUAUCUUCAAGCAUAUCAAUGCAGCUUUUUUGUUUUCUCUGUGAUUUCACGAAAUUUGAAACUUUUAUUGAAGCUUUUAUGUCUAUGUUUCAAAUUCUUACUCAAGAAGCUUGGGUGGAAGUAAUGGAUGAAACAAUGGUUAGAACUCAUGAAACAAUGGCUCCAUUUGUGGCUAUUUAUUUCAUUCUUUAUCAUCUCUUCGUAACUUUGAUUGUGUUGAGUCUUUUCGUCGCAGUUAUCCUUGAUAACUUGGAGCUUGAUGAAGACAUAAAAAAAUUAAAACAAUUGAAAUUUCGUGAACAAAGUGCUGAGAUUAAAGAAACAUUACCUUUCCGAUUACGAAUAUUUGAAAAAUUUCCUGAUAGUCCACAAAUGACUUGCUUACAUAAAGUACCAUCAGACUUCAAUCUUCCUAAGGUCCGAGAAAGUUUUAUGCGACAAUUUGUUUAUGAAGUUGAAGAUGAAGAAAAUGAAGUGGCAAGAAGAAUAAAUGAAACAUUUGACUCAAAAUUAGUUUAUCGAAAACAACGGCCCGUUAAAAUAUUAAACAAUCCACCUAAAGUGAGGAAUGUUAUGAUAGAUUUCAAAAAAGCCGCUAUUAUUUACAUUAUUAAUGAUUCAAAUAAUCAACGAUUGUUGCUUGGAGACUCUUCUAUGAUUCCAAUUCCUGGAAAAGGGCUUUUAAAACCCCAGGGAACAGUGAGCAGUGCAAAGCAAUUGAGGAUCGAUCAAAAAAAGUCAAUUCGCCGAAGUGUUCGAAGUGGUUCAAUUAAAUUGAAGCAAACCUAUGAACAUUUGGUGGAAAAUGGAGAUAUUGGAGCAAUAAAUCGAGUUGCUUCAUCUCGUAGUCGGCCACAUGAUUUAGACAUUAAGUUACUCCAAGCUAAGCGACAACAAGCUGAAAUGAGACGUAAUCAACGGGAAGAUGAUUUGAGAGAAAAUCACCCCUUCUUUGAUACUCCUCUAUUUGUUGUACCACGCGAGAGUAAAUUUCGUAAAAUUUGCCAAUUGCUAGUUUACGCUAGAUAUGAUGCUAGAUUGAAAGACCCUUUGACUGGAAAAGAGCGUAAAGUACAAUAUAAAAGUCUUCACAAUUUUCUUGGACUUGUCACUUACUUGGAUUGGGUGAUGAUAUGUGCAACGACACUUUCUUGUAUUUCAAUGAUGUUUGAAACACCAAAAUUUCGUGUGAUGGAAAUUCCUGCUUUACAAGUGGCUGAAUAUGGUUUUGUUAUUUUCAUGAGUAUAGAACUGACUUUAAAAAUACUUGCUGAUGGUUUAUUUUUUACUCCUAAGGCUUAUAUUAAAGAUGUAGCAUCUGUCCUUGAUAUUUUUAUUUAUGUGGUCAGUCUGGUUUUUUUGUGCUGGAUGCCAAAAAGUGUACCACCAAAUUCAGGAGCUCAAUUACUAAUGAUUCUUCGAUGUGUUCGACCUCUCAGAAUUUUUACUUUAGUACCACAUAUGAGAAAAGUGGUGUACGAAUUGUGUCGAGGCUUUAAAGAAAUUCUAUUAGUAUCAACACUGCUUAUUCUUCUAAUGUUUGUUUUUGCAAGCUAUGGCGUACAACUUUAUGGUGGUAGAUUGGCUCGUUGUAAUGAUCCAACAAUUUUAAAGCGAGAAGAAUGUGUUGGAGUUUUCAUGCGACGAGUUUUUGUAACAAAGAUGAAGUUGAAACCUGGUGAAAAUGAAAGCUAUCCGUCCAUAUUAGUACCACGUGUAUGGGCCAAUCCUAGAAGAUUUAAUUUUGAUAAUAUUGGCGAUGCAAUGUUGGCAUUAUUUGAAGUUCUAUCUUUCAAAGGCUGGCUAGAUGUACGAGAUGUUUUAAUAAAAGCAUUAGGUCCAGUUCAUGCUAUUUACAUCCAUAUUUAUAUUUUUUUGGGUUGUAUGAUUGGUUUAACACUGUUCGUUGGUGUGGUUAUUGCUAAUUAUUCAGAAAAUAAAGGCACAGCUCUCCUUACAGUCGAUCAACGACGAUGGUGUGACUUGAAAAAGCGAUUGAAAAUUGCUCAACCUCUACAUCUUCCACCUCGACCAGAUGGCAAAAAAUUUCGUGCAUUCAUUUACGAUAUUACCCAGCAUAUUUAUUUCAAGAGAUUUAUCGCAGUAAUGGUUCUUCUGAACAGCUCUCUUCUUUUUGUUUCGUGGAGAAUUGAACAAAAACAUACAGAGGCUUUGGCUACAGUUUCAACCAUAUUAGUUCUGGUUUUUGUUGUUGAAGUAAUUAUGAAAAACAUUGCUUUUACUCCGAGAGGAUAUUGGCAAUCACGAAGAAAUCGUUAUGAUCUCCUCGUUACAGUUGUUGGAGUGAUAUGGAUAGUUAUACAUUGUACGAUGAAAAAUGAUUUAUCCUAUGUAAUCGGUUUUAUGGUUGUGAUAUUGAGAUUUUUUACCAUCACUGGCAAACAUACAACAUUAAAAAUGUUGAUGUUAACUGUUGGAGUAUCAGUUUGCAAAAGUUUUUUCAUUAUUUUCGGUAUGUUUCUUCUGGUAUUUUUUUAUGCUCUUGCUGGGACAAUCAUAUUUGGCACUGUAAAAUACGGAGAGGGUAUUGGAAGACGUGCGAAUUUUGAAUCUCCUGUCACUGGAGUUGCUAUGCUGUUUCGUAUAGUUACAGGAGAAGAUUGGAAUAAAAUUAUGCACGACUGUAUGGUCCAACCUCCUUAUUGUACUCCAGCAGCCAAUUACUGGGAAACAGACUGUGGCAAUUUUCAUGCAUCAUUGUUCUACUUUUGUACAUUUUAUGUUAUCAUCACUUAUAUAGUUUUGAAUUUAUUAGUGGCUAUUAUCAUGGAGAACUUUUCCCUAUUUUAUUCUAAUGAGGAAGAUGCAUUAUUAUCUUAUGCUGAUAUCAGAAAUUUUCAAAAUACAUGGAACGUCGUAGAUAUUCAUCAGCGAGGAGUUAUACCUGUUAGAAGAGUAAAAUUUAUUUUACGACUAUUAAAAGGAAGAUUAGAAACAGAUCCUCAGAAAGAUAGACUAUUAUUUAAGUAUAUGUGCUAUGAACUCGAAAGGUUACAUAAUGGAGAAGAUGUAACAUUUCAUGAUGUUAUAAAUAUGCUUUCCUAUCGGUCUGUGGACAUCAGAAAAGCUUUGCAAUUAGAGGAGCUUUUAGCAAGAGAAGAAUUUGAGUACAUAAUAGAAGAAGAGGUGGCAAAACAGACCAUACGAACUUGGCUUGAAGGAUGUUUAAAAAAAAUUAGGGCCACUGGAAAGCAGCAGAAUAGUUUGAUAGCAGGGUUGCGAGCUACGAAUGAGCUAGCGGCAACAGCACAAGAUCAUCCAGAAGAAAAAAGUAAAGAAAAUAGUGUCGAUAGAGAAGACGAGCCUGAAGUGAAGGAAACUGACACGACUCGUCACAGAGGUAAACGACCAGUAGUUUUACCCAGAUCUGACAGUAUAGGUAGUGGAUCAGGUAGAAAAUAUUUAGCACCAACUUUAUCAGAUCCAGCUUCGAUUCGCAACGAAAAAGAAAAAAUUGGCGUGUCCAAAAAACGAAACAGUAGACCACCACCAUUAGCUAAAAAUAAUUUGCCUUAUCUCACAGAAGGAACAGAACAAACUCGACUGCAACGAGAAGUGUCAAAUGUUAAAGCUGCCACUCCAAAAACUUCUAGUGUGAUGUUAGAAGUUAAAGAAUGGUGGCGAGAGCAACUUACCUACAGUUCUGAAUCUAGUGGCGAUGAGCUCUAAGGUAGAUAUUUAUUUUUUUGGAUUUUUAUUUCUUAGUUUAAAGAAUUUGGAAUAAGUUAUCAAAUAUAAAUCAUUUUUUGUAAAUAAUUGGAUCAUAGUAUCGAAAGUAAUAAACAAAAUUAUCAUCAGCGACUGAGUGAAACUGGCUUUUAGUAGCCACCAUAUGAAAAAUGUGAAAUUUCAUGUUAUAAUAAGUCAAAUUUUUCUAAUCAUAAGAUUUGUACAUAAUAGUAAAAUUUUAUACAAAUGAUGAAUAAUUUAAUAAUGUUAUUACGAUAUUGUAAUACAAUUGUCGAUUGCCGAUUAUUAGAAAAUAAUUAAAAAAGGGCAACUGUUAGUACAAUGAGCACAGGAUAUGAUUCGAUAAGUCUUGUUCGCUAUGAAAAUUAUCCAGCUCCUUUAAUUAAUGAUUAAUAGUACUGUAAUUAGUUACUUUUAUCAGAUCUUUAUUACAUGUUAUUAUAUGAAUAUUUUAACAGAGAGUUUUUAUUUUAUUUGAAAAAAAAAAAGAAAAUUCAAUCUAACAAUUGUUCAUAAAUUCAAAAAGGUUCUAAUGUAAAAAUUUUAUUCUAUUAUAAAAUUAUUCACAUAAGAGAAUUUUAAUAUACAUUCAUUAUGCUUUAACAAGAUUUAUAUAAUAUUUUCAUCAAGUCUGAAAAGUUAAUUCUCUGUGAGAAAAUGUUACAGAGAGAAAUUAUAUUGCAGUGAAUUUAUUGUGCGAUUGAAUUGUGUGUUAUCAUUGAUAGAAAUUGCUAUCAUGAUUAAUAUUGAAUUUACUUGAGUUUAAAAAAUUAAGGGAGAAAUAAUAUAGUAUGUAUAUGAUGUGAAUGAUAGAGGCUUUAGAAUUAAAGUGUAUAUUCUAAAAUGAGUUAAUGAUAAUAAAUCUUAUAUGUAUCGUACAAUACAAGUUGAUUUUAUAAGAAAAUUUAUGUUGAUAAU